CCUACAGGUAUGAACGUUUCAGCACUAUCUUAAGAAGUUUUCUUACAAGAACACUCGGAGCCAAGACUUAUGGCAAGCUUUCACUGACAUUGGGCAAUUAUUGGGACCCGACGGACUACCUUUGGACAUCAUGGAUUUUGGAAAUCAGUGGACCAAACAGAUGGGAUUUCCGCUGGUGACUGCAAAGUAUUCGAACUCAUCGAUACUAACUAUAAAUCAAAAACGCUAUAUGAUCAGUCCAUCCAACCCAGGAAUUGAAAAAUAUUACUUUACAGGUCACAGUUAUGAAUGGGACGUGCCCAUAUGGUAUCAAGUCGGAAAAGGAAAUAUGGUCUUUAAAUGGCUGAAGAAAGGUACUUAA